AAAACGACUAACCAAAACGGAAAUCAUGUUUGUAAAUAGCGAUAUUCUAGUGUUGCUAAGUUAGUAAAUGGACCAAGAAGGUUUUGUAUAAAUUGAACUACAAAACAGGAUAUUUCUAUUCAUUGGAAAGGUCAAAAUGUCUUUAAUGUACGCUCUUGUACUGUUAUUGCCGGCCUUGGCUUUUGGCCAAACUGUCAACCUUAAACCCUAUAACUUGACUGCUACGGCCAUGUUUUUACAGACAGACACAGACCUGAGCGGGGACAUUGAUAGACCUGAGCUCGAUGCAUCAUUCCGAGACUACGACACUGACCGCAAUGGGCGUGUCAGUCGCACUGAAUACAUGACCUACUUGAGUAUACACACACCGAGUCUGGCGGCGCUCCAUGACGCACUCUUUGACAUUUAUGACGUAGACAAUGACCACAUCCUGGAUCACCACGACUACGACAACUUCUUCGGCCUGAUGGAUGGCAAUGGAGACGGCUUUGUUUCGCAUUUCGAAUAUGUCAGGUAUUGGACAAUUUUACUUCAAGACCUAGAGCACCUACAUUUGGAUAAUUAAGGACUACAGUCUCAUGAGAAAUUGUUAUGCACUGAAAAUGUACACAAUUGUUUUUAUGACACGACAGGAAUCAAAAUGAUAAUUAUUUACAAUAAAAUAUGUUUUUACACAUA